AUAUAUUAAUCAUCAAAGGUGUUAUUCAACCAUUAAUCUAUCAAAAAACGUCAUUUUUGAUAAAUUCUGUAAAAUGUAAAAUUUUAAAAUACUACAUAAACUCUCAAAAUUGUGUAUAUAUAUAUAUAUAUAUUAAUCUCAAAAAUAUUAGUCAUCCGUUAAUUUAUCAAAUGACGUCAUUUUAGAUAAAUUCUGUAAAAUUUGAAAUUAAUUUUUGGAAGGUUUAAACUCUCAUACUGGUGGACAAGUCAGAUCAGAUUAAUUACUAGACCAAAGUAAUUUUUUUGUAUAAAUUUGUAAACAGUAACUGAUAUUUAAGUUUUAGUUUAAUCAAAUAAAUAUUAUCAAAUUUUUAGUUUUUCAGUUUUAUAAAAAAAUUAUAUAAUCAUUUAUGUCUUAAUUUAACUUUAAAAAUUAUUAUUUUAUAAAUUUAGACCAAUUAUUAUUAAUUUAAAUAUUUACUUUAUAGUAUUACUAAAAAUUGAAAUAGAUUGUAAAAAUUUUGAAUUUUGUGUUGGUUGCCUUUAGAUCAGAUGCAAAAGAAGUAGUUUUUGAUAAAUUUUGUAAAAUUUAAAAUUUGAAAACUCUACAUAAACUUUCAAAAUCGUGGUUAUAUAUAAAUUGACAAUCAAAGAUGUUAGUCAUCUGUUGAUUUAUCAAAAUGACAUCAUUUUAGAUAAAUUUUGUAAAAUUUAAAAUUAAUAUGUAAACACGAAUUUUAGAGUUUAUGUAGUAUUUUUAAGUCGUUAAAAAUGUAGUAUUUUUAAGUCGUUAAAAAUGUAGUAUUUUAAACUAAAAAUUUACGGAAUUUAUCAAAAACAACGUCGUUCGAUAAAUUAAUGGUUGAAUAACACUUUUGAUGGUCAAUUAUAUAUAAGCACGAUUUUAGUUCAUGUAUUAUUUUUGAAUUUUUGUUUAGUUCAGUAUGAAAUAUGCACUAGAAUUGGUGAAGGAAAAAACACAACGCUUAAAUUUCAUGUAAUAUUUUUUGAGUUUUUAUGUAGUUUGAUAUGGAUUACGCAUUAUUACAAAGUUCGGAUAGAAAUAAGGACGAUGGGUAAAAUUCAGGUUGAAAUAGAUACAUUCCCCCUACAUCGAUGGUAAAGUUGAAGGACAAACUAAUGUGGAUAAUUAAACAUUUUAAAAAAAAUCAGCGAAUGAUCAUGUGACAUAUAUAGAAAGGGUGGCCCGAUGGGUGUGUCAAAUACUAUAACUACCUAUCAGCGUCUAGAAAUAGGCAAAUCCAAACCAGUCUCAUGACAUGUUGUCAUGUUCACAUAUAUAGAGUCAUGUAUUUCAUGUAGCAAAUCGUACCUAUCUUUUAAGGACAUACUAGAGCUUGACCCGCUCGGCCGAGCGCGGAUGUUUGUUUUUACUUUUUUAUAAGUGAAUAUUGUUUCUAUAAAUUAAUGAUAUAUAUUUCUAACAUUUCGCAUAUAAUUAAUCGUAUAAUAUUUUUAUAUUUGAAAAAUAUAGUGUGAAUAUGAUAACUUAAAUUAUUUUUUUCAAAUUGUCAUUUGUAUCACAUCUUUCUUAUAAUAUAUAAUAUUAUAUUAGUUUUAAGAUGGAGUUCUGGAUCAUAGAAUAUAUUACAUUUUGAAUAUUAUUUGUAUCAAUAAUUUCUAUAUUAAUAAAUUUGGGACUUUCAUGUAUAGUUAAAUUUUAAAUUAUUAGCACUACAUAAUUAGUAUGUAGAAAUUUUAUUUUAUUUUGUUUAAUAUUUAAAAUAAUCAUCUACACUAAUAAUUAGGUUUUAAGAGGAUUACCUAUUUUGGCUUGUAAUUUGAGAAUGAUAAAUGAUCGAAAAACAUAUUAAAUAUUUUAGGCUUAAAUAAUAUGUAAACCCACUUAAUAGAGAGACUUAUAUAACUAUCUAUAUAUUUUAAGAAUUUUUUAAAAAUUAUAUUGACGAAUAUUAGGAUAUUUCUUUCAAAAGAGACUCUCCCCAUAACCGGUGUUCUGAUUUCAAGAAUGCACUCAAGAAAGUCUCCCCCAUAACCGGUGUUCUAAUUUCACGAAUGAAGUAACUUCAUGUGUACUCCCAUCAAGUCUUGUAGGGUUUAACAUCCUUAAGAGGUGUAAAAUUUUUAGUAAGCGACACUAUUUUGCGAUUUCAGAAUAUGAAUGGGAAGUAUGUAACUGGAAUUGCUAUACAGUAAAACUUCUAUAAAUUAAUAACGUUGGGACUAUACCAAAACUAUAAUUUUUUUUAUUAAUUUAUCGAUAUACUAAUUGAACCAAAAACUCAAUUUGUGACUAUAAAAUUAUAUUAUUUUAUAGAGAUUUUUAGUGCAUAUUAAUUUAUAGAUUAUUAAUUUAAAGAGGUUAUAACGUAUAUAUUGACAUGGUGAAACGAUGUAGGUUAACUCUUUUUUUUUUUUGAAAAAACGGUUAACUCUUAUUUUUGAAUUUAAUAGUUAGAUAUGGAGAGAUUAUAGGUAGGGUAUAUCUGCGAUAUUUUUUGCAACAUUCCUAAAAUCUUGUUUAGAUAUUUUGAAAUUUAACUAAUGAUAUGGCAAUAUUUUAUUUGUACCGUAAUUUGAGGUUAAAAUAUUGCAAUGUUGAAAAUUUUACUGAGCAUAUUCCUUAUAUUGAUUCACGUUAGAAAAGUGUAAGCAUAUUUAGGAGUAAUUUUGAAAAGUGAAUAUAUGGAAAGUAGUUAUUAGCUUCCACGAAAUUUAUGUGUACAAUAUAAGUUUGUAUUUAAUAGAUCAAAACAUAGUGGUUCAACGGCUUGAUUUUAUUCUGAUUUAGUUUAUUUUAAAAAGAAAAAAUUAACUCAGUGGCAGGGGUUGGUAAAUAUAGUAAAAACUCAGAGUUAUUUAUAAAAUGUACUUCUGUUUUAAUAUAUUAGAUAAUUUUAACAUAAUUUUACAAGUUAGAGUAGUUGUUAUUUAUAUCUCCGGCAAGACCCCAAUGAAAUACUUUUCUUCGUUUCAGAACAGUAUAAUUUAAGUGGUAGAAAAAUGAAGGCUUCAAAUAAAAAAUUAGAAAAUUAUUUUGGAAUACAUAGUCUAAUCAAUUAUGGGCAAAAAGUUUUAUACCAUCAUAUUCUACAUUCUUAUUCUCUCUUUAGGGACUUUCUUACAUUUGCAGCAACUUAGAGAUUCCACUUGAUAACUCUCUUCUCUUUUUUGAUGCUUCAAGUCAGAUUAAAGCUUCUCAAAAAUCCCCUCUAUAAAUUAUGAUUUUUUUUUCCAAACUUAUUGUACAUAAAACUAUUCUAAAAGAAAACUAACUAAAUAUGAAAUACGCAGAGAUAUCUCAUUUUAGCCACCCAAAACAUAACCUCAAAUACGACUACACCGAGAAGCCCUUCAAGUGUGAUGGCUGCAAUGAAGUAGGGAUCGGCUCUCGCUAUCGCUGCUCCAGUGAUCAUCAAAGCUGCGAUUUCGAUCUUCAUGCACACUGCGCGUUACCUUCCGCCACCAUAACACAUCCGUUCUACAAAAAAUGUAAGUUUCAGUUUUUGGCUAAGCCGCCAGGGAAUGAAAGACGAUACUGCAACGCGUGCCAGAAGGACGUGUCGGGAUUCGUGUACCAUUGCAGGGCAUGUGGGUUUGAUCUUCACCCGUGUUGCGCUAUGCUUCCUAUGGUUUUGGACGAUGGAGAGACCAAGCUCUUCCUUUACCGCAAAGUUAGCUCGUCCUGUCAUCGAUGUGGAAAAAAAGGCCGUAGCUGGAGUUACAGGUCGUCUUGCAAAAAGUACAAUCUCCACGUAGCGUGCGUGAGGGAGAUGUUGGUGGAGAAUUGGCGGGAGCUGUACAAAGGACAAAGUGGUAAACGCAUAGAGGGCAAGAGCCUGGCGUUGAAGAACACCCUUGAGCAUCACCACCGUAGCAGCAGCAAAGGCAAAGUCCAGAAGUGCUGUGAGAUCGCUGGAAUGGCCGUGCAGUUCGUUAUCUCUGCCGUGCUUGGUGAUCCAACGGCCCUUAUCGCCGGAGUUGUAGGCUCCCUCAUCUCCCGAGGAUGAUCCACCUUCUAAUUAAUCACAUCUCCAUCUUCCUACUUUGCGUGUUUUAAUUAUCGUGUUAUAUCCAUUUACAAAAAAAAAAAAUUAUCGUGUUAUAUAUAAAAACUUUAAGUAGAUCAUCAGAUCAGUGAUGGGUUUAUUCGACCAACUUCCGUGUCCAUAAGAAAAAGGUUUAAUAUGAAACCAAGAAACAAGAAAAACUGAACCUGGAAUCUGCAAAAAAAUGAGUAUAAAGUGUUAUGACGUGGCGUCAUUUUAUUGGUUAGAGAUAUUAAUUACGAUUUGGCAAUAGAUAAUGAUUGUAAACUUUAAAGAUAAUGAUGAAUAAAAAGAUUUAGACUUAUCAAGAUUAAGGGUGUAAUUGGUAAACCAAUAAGUAAUUGAGGAAUUUCCCAAAACUAAUCCACAACUUGAUUUUAACUUUAAACAUAUACCCAAACUUGAAUCAAAUGCAAAACUAAACUAAAAGCCUUGUGAAAUUAUAGCCCAGUCCCUUGUGACCAAACAAAAAAACAGAGCCAUUUUUAUGAAUAUAAUUCUAGUAAGUCGUCUGAGUCGUCUGAGAUGUUGUAUGUCUGGACGACUUCAAAAUAAGUCUUCUGGUGUAGCUGAUCUUCAAAAUAAUUUUUUAAAUUUUUAAAAAAAUAUUUUGAUAAGCGAAAAAUUAAAAUCAUGUAAAUAUAAACAGUUUUAAGUGAUAUAAAUUAAAAUAUAAUAAAAAUGAAUUUUUUUCAACAUAGAUAAGUGUAGGUACUGAAUCAUGGUAUUCUUUGGUCUAGGGUUUGACAACAUAUGUUGUAGUAUUGUAUGUAUUCUUAGGGUUAGAUUUUGGAAAGCUUGAAUGUUUUUUUUUUGAAAAAUUAAAUUUUUACCUAUAUGUGUCUAUUUUUGUGUAUAGUAAACACUUUUGAAGUUUAAUUUGAUUUUAUGAAGUGUUUAGUUAGUUAAUUUUUUACAUUUCAGUCGUCUGGUGAAGAAAUUAAAAUAUACGACUUACAUGUAAAUCGCCUCGAAAGUCUUCUAUUUUAGUUUCCCGCUAAACAUUUUUUUUCACAAUAAUGAAAAUUAUGGAAUUUCUCUGAAUCUCCGGUGGCUUUCUGCUAUUCUCGAAUCGGAGAACACCCACAUCGUUUCUAUCGUCUGCAGGAGAUGAGAAUUCGCUAAUUGUCGUAGCAUAUUAUUUGAAAGGUAAGAAAAAAAAAGGAAGUGGAUUAAGCAAUGUGAUUUGUUAUCAUUUACAUCCCUUUUUAUAGAUCAGAAAAUCUGAAUGACAUAGAACGUGAGGAAUCAAAAUUAAUUACACGUAAUUAGAUUCUUGAGAAGGGGGUAAAGGCCAUAAUUGAGAAAAGUAAUUUCUUGGUGUGAAAGUUGAAAGGAAACGUUUCGAUGGGGGUUUGCAGAGUAGCGAGAAGACAACGUUGUGAAAGAUCAGAUAUUUUCAAUAAUGGGGACAGGUGGCACUCUCUCCUCUCUCUAUUUAGUGACAUGGCAUGAUGAGAAGAGAGUGAAUGUCUAUAUUUUUUUUUCCAACAAAAAAACAAAACUAAACUAAGUAGAUUUCUGAGUGAAUGUCUACUUUAUAUAAUAAAAUUUAACAAAUAAAAAUAUUGUUAAAUUUAUAUAAAAUAUAAUUUGGUAUAAGUUAUAUAUAAAAUUCUUUAAAUGUAUGUAUAUAUAUGCCUAUAACGGAUAGGAUAUUCAUUCUUAAAAAAUUAGUAUAUCUGAUUUGCUUUGUGUUUUUAUGGAUAUUGCAUAUUAGUAUUUGCUUUGUUUCGUAGAAUUACGGAUAUCCGGAUUUUUUCAGUUUAAAUCGAAACAAAACCAAUUGAAUCAAAAUUUACGGAUAUUUUUUCGAGUCCUAGAUUCGAAUCUUAAUGAUUUUGUAAUUUAUUUUUUUCAACAAUGAUAUUAUUUAGUAGUUACACGGAGAUAAUUUCAAAUUCAAUAAUACAAAGGUUAAAAAUGUAUGAACUAAAACUGAGCUGAUUAAAAAAGAUAGUGUGUGAACACAUAAAUUUUAAACGAUUGCAUGUGAAGGUACCACAUCAACAUUUUACUUUUUAAAUGAUUGCAAGUCUACUACGUGUCAAUUAAUGUUAACACAUUUAUUACAAAUGUUUUCUUAUAAUAUAUUGGAACUUUCGGAGAAAAUAAUUUUGAUAUCUAUACUAUAUACUAAAAGGGAUAUAUGAGCUCCAUUGAACCUGUCCACGUCACCAUAAAAAAUCAGCCAAUAAAAAACUUGGUUUUUGCCACGUCAUUGGGCAAAGUAGGCUUCUGCUUUUUUAUCCGUUCUGUUUUAUUUUGUUGGCCCAUCAGGCCUGUUUCCUGAAAACCCUAAGCUAAAUGAAUGUCUCUUCCCCUUUUGUGUUUCUUUGUCGUCUCUAACUAAUCGAACAUCCAUGGGCAUGAAACACGAGUCUCCUAAUCGUCGCGUCUAUAUCGAUCUGUGUGCUUUAAUAUCGAUUCAUCUCUUCGUAUGUGUUUCGAUAUCGAUUCAUCUCCUCACAUGCGUUACAACCUUCAUUGAUUCAACGCAGUUAGCGAACACUCAUUCAAUGAUUCCUACACUCUUCCAGACCGUGUAUCUCUAUAAAAAGCCGAUGGCCCGUGGAGGUUCGACUGCUCAAGUCUCGGCUCCUCCGUCCUCACGGAUCAAACCUUCCUUAUGCUUCACUCCCUUUUGUUCAAGGAAGCCUUGAUGUGUUUGGCUGGAGACUUCAGAGGAGAGGCCAUCAGAAGGAAGAGGACUCGAUUAGCCAUGUCUCAAUUAUUUACCGGUUUGGAUCCGUUUUUUGGGUUGCUUUGUCUCCAUCCUCUCAAGGGCUUAUCAUUCUGAUGUCUACUCAAGAAACACUUCAUCUUCUUUAACUGGUUCUAAGAAAGCUAAUGAAAUUGAGUCUGAAAUCAUGUGGAACCAUUAUAGAAACAAAGUUCUUCUGUUUGUGUGUAUACAAUCUUGAAGAGAUUGAGCUUAGGACAUGUAGAAGUUUUUUUUUUAUAAAGAAAGAAGUAUUGGUGAUGUGGUUCUACUGAAAGUUUCAGAGAUUUUCGAAUUUCUCAAGUCUCUCUUGAUAUAUGACCGUAGUAGGAAAUACGCUUUAGUUCUUUAUUUCAUGAACAAUUCUAGAUGCAACUAUACUUUUUGAAUCGUUAGAUUUGCGUCUACCGACAUCUCAUCUCUCUUGCUGCAAAUUUUAAAUCUUUAUAUACUCUUAAUCUUCCAAGCUGUUAUUUUGUGACAUGAUACAGUUUAAAGGCAUAUCCAGAGUAUAUGGUUCAAUUUUGAGAGAUUAUUAAAAAACAUUUGGAUCACAAGAGUAUAAGACAUAUAUAUAUAUAUAUAUAUAUGUAUCACUCCAUUCCCUGAAACCAAUGAUAAUCACCAUUAUUUGUUUGCAGGAAUGGUUUCCAGAAGCUGAUAAGAUCAAAGAUUCAGCUAGACAAAGCAAGCAUCUUGGGGAACUAAAAGUAUUGAUUGGCGUUGUUUUUCUAUUUUUUAGUUUAAAUUUAUUUUGUGAAAAAGAGUAUUUGUUGCUUGGAUCAUCUUCUUGCAUUUUCAUGUGACUAAGUUUGAGACUCAGAGAGCAUCUUUACGAUUUUCUUUUUUUCAUGGAAUGUACUGUUUCAUAUUUGUAGUGCUUACUUCUUUUUUUAGCACUCGCUAAAGAAUAAUGGUUAACUAUAGAAUAACAUAAUAGCCCUGUUCGAAAACGCGGUGUCCGCGGCCGGAAACUCGCCGGAAACUCGCGUUGCGCUAUAGCACCGUCCCGAUUUGGUGCAAUACGGUCAAUUAAUCGGACAUUUUUUUAAAUCAUCGUUUUCGAACGUUUUGUGUUCGAAAUCACAUACGUAUCUGUUAUACUUGUUAAAUUAUAGUUUAAACCUACAAGAAUAGCA